ACAUGAUCUGUGUGCCGCUCUAUAAGCCCUUGGGCAGAUCGGGGCGACACAUUGAGAAGACGUGGAGAUAUACCUGCCUUCACCAUGGACCUGAGAUUCCUGUUUGUAGCCUCGGCUCUGCUCCUGGGGGCCACGCUCUCUAUCUCCCUGGCAGACAGUAACUGCAAAGUCAAGUGGAUGUUUGGCAUCUCGUGCGGGAAUGUGACUGAAAAGCUGGUGAACCAGAUCAAAGCCUGGCAGAUUGGGCAAAGCUGUCAGUAUGAAGGAGAAAAGUGCUCAUACGAGCUUGUGUCCACAGCUCCUUACCUGGUGAAAGCCACGCACACGUCUCCAGACACAAAGAAGGUCACCGACCUCCAGUUCCUCCUGGAGCAGUCCAUGGUCUGCAAACUGACAGGAGACGCUGUGUCUGACUUCUCCAAAAAUGAGGAUAGCACCAACUACUGCAGCCUGCAGAACCUGAUGAAUGGCAGCGACCUGACCAGCGCUGAGGGAUACAAACAGUUCACCAACAAAUGGAUCUGCCCCGGGUUCGAGGCCGCUAACUGCAGCUUAUCUUAGUCACUCCAAAUGACAUCAUGUGUGGAAUAGUUGUUAGACUUCAGACAAAACCAGAUCUUAAGGUGAGACACAACAUAGUUUUUUUCAUGAAAUGUUCAACUUUGAGAGCUGAGCUAAUUUUAUUUUAUACAACAGAAGAUGACCCAAAUACGCAUUUAGGUUUUUAUUUUAUUAACCUUUGUCUAUUUGCAGCUUUGCAAAGUACUGCUAAGUCCAGCAAAAGUUAACAUUAGAUAAUGCCUGAUCAGCUUAUGUAAAUGUACCAUUUUACUAAACUUUAAAUAAAAAAUAAUUGUCUUAAUGUAAGCAGUCAGCUGGGCAGGCUUUUAAAAAAAAUGAAUAUACACUGUUGCCCAUAAAGUUAGAAUCAUUUUGUUUUCAGACACGUUGCUCUUUUUGUUCUUAUUUAAUAUUCACUGUGAUAUGUUUGGAAGAGAUCGAUCAAUAACGUUUUGAGAGGAUAUACACUUUAUCUAUCAAGAAUAAUUCACAUGUUCACAAUCAUUUAAUGAGAAGAGGUAACAAAUAUUUGUAUUCCAACUGUAUGUCGAUUAACAGUUAUUUACCUGUUGUGUCUUCCUUUAAAAUGGAUCUUUCUAAAGUAUUUCUAUGUACCUUAUUAAGAUUUGUGUUCAUACCAUAAACGAAUACACACCAUUGUCAAUACUGUAGUGUAAAUGUCUAAAACUAGUUGUUUAGUUUAUAUGAAAGUAAUGACGGUAGCAGGAUGUUUUACCAUGUGUUGCUGAACAGUGUUUAGUAUUGUAUGAAGUUCAGGCUUUAACAACCAAUUAUUUGAAUAAACACAA